AUGACUUAUACCGACAAUGAAGAAAGGGAAUUUAGCGAAAAAUAUUUUCCCACUACUUUUUAUUAUAAUUCAGAAAUGGCGGGGAAGGCAAAUUUGGAGGAAGCCGAGAAAACUUAUAACGAAAUGAUGAACACCAAUUUAGAAUUUAUUGAGGAAGAUACUUGGGAAUUAUUAAGAGAAAAAGUUAUUAAUUCUUUACAAUUAUCUAAGUCCCAUAAUACCCAUGCUAUGACUUGGGGGCAAGCGGCCAUGAUGUCAGCCCGUCAUAAGAUAAUUAUCCAAGGGGCUAAUAUUUUUGGCUUGCUGAAUAAAAGAUUAGACGCCAUGAUUGAAAAAAUAUUAAGUCCGUCUUUUCUUUAUAAUAGAGCCAAAAAGGAGGCGAUAGAAGAUGAAAAACGAAGAAAAGAAUUUGAACGACACCAGGCCGAAAUUGAAAAAUUAAAAGCUGAGCGGGAACAAAUUCAAGCCGCACAAACGGAAGCAUGA